UUUAGUUUAGAUCUGGACUAAGUCCAGAGCGGUUGGGUUUUUUUUUGGUCGCUAGCUUCUCUUGCCUCAACUGCACGCACAGUUUACCGGUCGCUCGUCCGUCGUCGAUAGUAGUUCUUAGUAGACAAAAAAAAAAAGCUUUUCAAGUGUUGUGAUUGUGGCUUUCUGCUGUGGGUAACGCGGUGGCGACUAACGCCGACUAGCCGGCCUGGAAGAGUGCAGUGAGCAAAUCAGCGAUUUAUAGUAGCAAAAACCUGUUACUGGAACUGAAGCGGUUGCAUUGUGAAGGGCAAGUCUAAUUAGGCCUAUCGACAAUCCAUAAAAAGUGCCCGUGGAAAAACCCUGACCUAUACGGUUGCGGCGACUGACCGUCUAGACGACGGCGAGCAAAACAAAACAGACAUUUGUCAGCUAACAUCGUAACUGCAAACCAGCCAGAGCGCCAUGCGGCAGAGCGGGCGGUGCGGUCGGUUUUGGAGUGCGCUCACGCGCAAAAAACGCAACGAAGACGACGGAAGUGAUUCGCAGCUGGCACGUGUUCUCUCGCUCCUGGACCUGACCGGGCUGGGAGUGGGCAGUACGCUCGGGUUGGGUGUUUACGUGCUGGCCGGUUCGGUGGCUCACGAACAGGCCGGUCCUGCUGUGGUGAUUUCGUUUCUGGUCGCGGCCGUGGCAUCGGCUAUCGCCGCUCUCUGCUAUGCCGAAUUUGCCGCCCGCGUACCGAAAGCCGGAUCCGCCUACAUCUACAGCUACGUCAGUAUCGGCGAGUUCGCUGCAUUUACGAUCGGGUGGAAUCUGAUUUUGGAGUACGUAAUCGGCACAUCAAGCGUGGCCCGAGGCAUGAGCGGUUAUAUCGAUGCCCUGAUAGACUACAAGAUGAGCAACGCACUGCGAGAGGCGAUGGGCAUGAAUGUGGGAAUCCUGUCCGAUUAUCCCGACUUUUUCUCCUUCACAGCGGUACUCAUCUUGUCGGCCCUGCUGGCGUAUGGUGUCAAAGAGUCCACGAUGAUGAAUAACAUUUUCACCGGAGUUAACCUGUGCGUUAUAGCGAUCGUACUUGUGGCCGGCGGAAUGAACAGCGAUACUGCUAACUGGAACAUUCGUCCCGAGGAUGUUCGACCGGAGGAUAUCCCUGAUGGUGUAGACUUGGGUGUGGGCGGUUUUGCCCCGUACGGAUUUGCUGGAAUCAUGGCCGGUGCAGCAAAAUGUUUCUACGGGUUCGUUGGUUUCGAUUGUAUCGCCACGACAGGGGAAGAGGCGAAGAACCCAAGCCGCAACAUUCCUCUAGCCAUCGUUAUCUCAUUAAUAAUUAUUUUUUUGGCGUACUUCGGUAUCUCGACAGUGUUAACCAUGGCACUACCCUAUUAUCUACAAGACCCAGGUGCUCCAUUCCCACAUUUGUUUAGAGAACUGCAGUGGUUUGAAAUAAUGUGGAUCGUUUCAAUUGGAGCUAUCUUUGCCCUUUGUACUAGCUUGUUGGGAGCCAUGUUUCCACUGCCACGUGUCCUAUAUGCAAUGUCUACGGACGGUGUUAUCUACAAGAAACUGAAGACAGUCCAUCCGAAAACGCAAACUCCGGUGCUGGCGACUAUUUUGGCGGGAAUUCUAGCCGCUACAAUGGCUUUACUGUUUAAUCUGCAGCAGUUGAUCGAUAUGAUGUCGAUCGGAACGCUAAUGGCUUACACGAUAGUUGCUGUUAGCGUCCUGGUGCUCCGAUACGAGGACACCAGUUUAAUGCAGCGCACCGAGGUGACUGUGCCGAAUGUGUUGAAUCAGCUGUUUAACACAUCCAAAACCGAAAACCCCACUCAGAUGUCCUCGGCAAUCGUUAAGAUCGUAACUGGCUUAUUUGCUGUUCUGGUAUGCGCAAUCUGCAGUAUUUUGGUAGCCGCAACCGAUCAAAUUUCAACCGACUACCCCGGAGUCAUUGCAGCCCUUGCGAUAUUGGGAGCUGGCAUGAUUCUAUUGGCGAUCGUAAUCGCUUGUCAGCCGACGGACAAAACUGAACUGACCUUCAAAGUUCCGCUGGUUCCCGUACUGCCGCUGUUAAGUGUAUUUUUCAACUUCUACUUGAUGUUCCAACUGGACGCCGGAACCUGGAUCCGGUUUGCCGUUUGGAUUGCUAUCGGUUACUUCAUUUACUUCACCUACGGCAUCCGUCACUCGGUGGAAGGAGUGCUUGCCAGAGAGAAGGCCGCUGACGCAGAGGCGAACGGUAACGCCUGCAUAGAGAAGAAUGGUAUUGACAACAACGGGUUCGAUGCCAGCCACGAUCGAAUCUUCUCGAGCAUUCCAAACGAACAUCCCCGGAAAAGUUCGAGAAACUCAUACACGUUGAAUAGCGACUAAACAGACGGCGUUAUUUCCUUACUCGGUACAAAAUAAGCAGUACAAUCAAUCAGGUCAAUCACAGAGACAUUAGAUUUUAUAUCAGCUCUCUCGAAACGUUUGUACUAUAACCCCCCCGAGGCAGCUAGCAGCUCUGUCAGAACGAACCAAAAUAGUUCUAAACAGCGUACCCAUUCCCAUUAUGAACGGAUUUAGUCUUGUUUCUUAUCACAUCCAACAGAACAGAAACAUUUCGUGAUAUUGAAUUAUUUGUUCAAAUGUAAUAUUACGUAUUUCGCCAGAGAACGCUUGUCCACAGAGACGUCUUGGCAAACCGAAAUCAGGCUUGUGAUAAAAAGUAUUUAAAAUAAGUUUUAUCAGUGGAUUCAAUGGUGAAAUGACCACCUUAUAAUAGUGAACCUAAUCUCCGACAGCGGAGAUAACCUAGUUGUUAGAUAGGUGCAUUAUGAUAGAGCCAACAUACGUUCAAUGUUCAUAGAUAUAACAGUUGAUCCAAAAAUCGCAGUCGUCACAUUCCUCUGCUUAUCACCGGCCCCUUAACUGUAUUCCAGUAGUCUAUAAAAUUAUCACAAUUCGUGCAACUACAAAGGGAAUAUAUCAGUGAUUGCAUCCUGGAAAACGUACUGAUUUCGUUAUCGUACUUACCCUCCGCCGGAUUAGCUGGCCUAUUACGCAUUCAUACCCGGAUUAGGUGAAAUGUACAAUCGAUUAUUUUGCGCAAUAACUUUACCGAUCAUUUUAUGUAAUGCAAUAAACCGAGCAAAGCUGGGUACCGUUUAUCAGUAUUUAGAUUAAAUUGAUGGAAGAAGAUGAAUUGCCAUAACGGAAGGGGGGUUACUUCGCAUUGGAAGAUGUUGAUGCAGUUGAUAUACAAGAAUACUAUCGCCAUUUGAUCGAAAAUAACUAGAUAAAAUUAAAUACAAAGUAUCGGGUUUUCGAUAGGAUAGUAAUUCUUCAUCAUCCUGAAUAUGCGGGAAAUUUGUCGAACCAGACUCGAUCGAAGAAUCCAAUAUCAUGAGGAUUCUCUGACGCUGGUGGAAACAUUAUCCAUAAAUUUAGAGAACAUCCAUCUAUCUUAAACAUGCAUGUCAAAUAGGUAAUUUUUAAUUUUAUAUUUUGCAGUUGCUUGUUCAGCUAAGCGAUUCAUUAAUGUGAUUCUAUUUUUUUUUUUUUGAACCCUGUAGUGCCCAAGCUCUAUAUAACCAUUUUUCAAGUAAUUUUUGAAGAUUUAUAGAGAUUUUACAGAAGCCCGUCUAAAGGUGGGCUUGGACACUAGAGGGUUAAUCCUGUCUUUAAAUUUGUGAUGUUUU